AUGCCACAAGUCCCCUCUUACGUGUGGCUCAACCUAGCAUACCCUCGCCGCGACCUACUCGUCGCCGCCGUUCCUCCCCUCGCCGUGAUUGCGCCCUCCUCGCCGGCGCACCUCACCGCCGCGAGCGCAUCUCCACUUCCCCCUUCUUCCGUCUGCGUCUCCCCCCCCCCUUUUGCCGCCGCGCCCGCUCUGGCGCCGCCUGCGCAUCCCGCCGCCGUGACGCCUCGUCACCGCCCGCCCUUCCCACUACCGCGACCUCUCGUCGCCGUUUCCCCCUCCCGCCGCCGCGCCUGCCUCGGCGUCGCCUGCGCAUCCCGCCGCCGCGACGCAUCGUCGCCGCCGGCCCCUCCCGCUCCCGCGACGUCACGUCGCCGCCUCCCCCUCCCGCCGCCGCGACGCAUCGUCGCCGCCUGCCCCUCCCCGCCGCCGCGACGCAUCGUCGCCGCCUCCCCCUCCCGCCGCCGCGACGCAUCGUCGCCGCCUGCCCCUCCCGCUCCCGCGACGACACGUCGUCGCCUCCCCCUCCCGCCGCCGCGCCUGCCUCGGUGCCGCCUGCGCAUCCCGCCGCCGCGACGCAUUGUCGCCGCCUGCCCCUCCCGCUCCCGCAACGACACGUCGUCGCCUCCCCCUCCCGCCGUCGCGCCUGCCUCGGCGCCGCCUGUGCAUCCCGCCGCCUCGACACUUCGUCGUCGCCUGCCCGUCCCGCCGCCGCGACUUCGCGUCGCCGCCUGCACUCCCCUCCGCCGCAAACCAACGUCGCCGCCUGUGCAUCCCGCCGUCGCGACCUGCUCGUCGCCGCUUGCGCAUCCCGCCGCCGUGACCUCUUCGUCGCCGCCUGCACGUCCCGCCGCCGCGGCUUGCUCGUCACCGCCUGCACAUCCCAUCGCCGCGACAUCGCGUCGCCGCCUGCGCACCCCGCCGCCGCGAUUUCGUGUUGACGCCUGCGCAUCCCGCCGCCGCGACCUCAUCGUCUCCGCCUGCCCCACCCCCCCCCCCCCCCCCCCCCCCCUCCACCACGAUUUCGCACCGUCGCUUCCCCGCCGCCUCUCCCCCACGCCGUCGCCCGCGCAUCCCGAAGCCCCUCCUGCCCCGCCACCCGGCCGCAACGCCCGCCGCAGCGACUGCGCCUGUCGACCGCCCGCAUCUCUGUCGUCGCACCCACAUCGUCGCCGCCUGCACCUCCCGCCGCGGCGCCUACUCGUCCCCGCCUGCCCUCCCCACCCUCCCUGCACAUUCCGCCGCCGCAGCAUCCGCCCCAACGCAGCAGCGGCAGUAGCGGCAGCAGCAUCGGCGACAGCGGCAGCAGCGGCAGCAGCCGGAGAAGAGCUCCAGCCACCGCAGCAGCACCUCCCCCCCUUCCCCCCCCCCUCCCCCUCGGCCGCCGCGGGUCCACCCGCCGUCGCCCUCCCCCUUGACCGCCGCGGGUCCACCCGCCGCCGUCCCCCUCGAGGCCGCCGCGGGUCCACCCGCCGUCGCCUCUCAUGGCUACCAAUCCUCCCCCUCCCCCCCCCUCCCAUGGACGCCACCUCCGUCGACAAGCUCCAGCUUGCCGCGGACCGCUCGGCGGUCAACUGGCAUUCCUUCGUUGGGAGCAUCCGCCCUGUUCUCCAGGACGCAUUCGUCGGACCCUACUGCGUCCUCAACGUCCUCCUCUGCCGCCCGCAAGCUCUCCAGCCCACGGCACCCACUCACCCUGGUGAACCCCCUCCACCCCCCAUUCCUCCUGGCCCUCCUCCUCCUGAACCUACCUUGGAGAUUGCCACUACCCCAGAGCUCCAGGCUGCCGCCGAUGCCACCUUUCUCCACGAUCGCCGCGAGUACCUCAUCCGCAAGGCGGAGCAUGAGGUUGCGGUGCAUCAUCAUGACUUCGCAGUAGCGGAACGUGCCAAUCGCCUGGCGCUCCUUGAUGAGUACAACGUGGCCAUGGCAGACUACCUCCCCAGGAGCAUUGCCUGGGCCACUGCUGACAACCACGCCUGCACCAUCCUCCUCGGCGCACUCCCUGAUACCCUCAUGCGCCGCUUCCAAGCUCGCGAGAUGCGCACCUCCCUCAUCUGGGCCGAGCUCCAGGCAAUGUUCGAGCGUCGCGACAUCAGCUCUGUUGGCGCCCUCUUCCAGGAGUACUUGUCCAUCACCCUCGCCACCUGUGAUGGCGCAGUUGACUACGUGGGGCGCAUGCAGGAGGUCGCUGAUCGCCUUGCGGCACGCCAAGCUGCACUCCCCGAGCUACUGCAAAUCCACCGCCUCCUCUACAACCUCACCCCGGACUACGAGUCCCGCCUCCAUGCCUUCACUGAGGCAAACGCCUUGGCCGGCCUCAACGACGUGGUCCAGUGGAUCAUUGACACAGAGCCGCGCAAUCAGGGUGGUCGCAGCGGCGGCGGUAGAGGUCGUGGAGCGGGUGGCGGCGGUGGUGGUGGAGGUCGCGGUGGUGGUGGUGGUGGUGGUGGUGGUGGUGGUGGUGGUGGUGGUGGUGGUGGUGGUGGUGGUGGUGGUGGUGGUGGUGGUGGUGGUGGUGGUGGUGGUGGUGGUGGUGGUGGUGGUGGUGGUGGUGGUGGUGGUGGUGGCCGUGGUGGCCGAGGUGGUGGUGGUGGUAGUGCUGGCGGCACCUCUGCUGGAGGACCUUCCGGUGCUGGUGGUGCUUGUCCCCGACACUUCGGGCAGUUUCCUUGGUAA